AUGUUCCACACUCAACGGGAUUUAUUAACGCAUAUAACUGUCUAUCAUAAUUCUGAGAAUCCCUAUAAUUGUCCAUUUUGUGAGAUGGGUUUUCAAGAUGCCGCCUCAAGGACAAUGCAUCUGAAAGAUCAACAUUGCCAGAAAAUGUUUACCUGUGAAACGUGCGCCGAUCGUUUUAAUUUACGUAAUCACAUUGAAAAAUAUCAUACAGAGAUCGAUUAUGAUUGCACGCUCUGUCAGAAGAGUUUUCUAUCGCGUAAAAGUCUCAAUUAUCACAUGAAAUGGCAUAAACCUGAAUAUCAAUUAAAAUGCACUUAUUGUGAACGUUUGUUCAUCAAUCAGCGACAUUUGAAAUGUCACGAAGAGACUCACACGGGUUUAAGAAAUCAGGAAGUCUGCUCAUUCUGCG